ACGUCACACCACACGCGUGUCUACCGCCUGGCCUCAAGCAUCCUGUUCACUGUCGAAACGCAGGACUGUCACCCAGAAAGCCUCCAUCAGACCUCGCGGGCCUGAGCACAUUGUCGGCCGCCAAUUUCCCAUUCUUUUGAUACAAAACCUCCAAUUUGGCCCGGGCGCGGACUGUCCAUCUAAAUCUGUACCGGUCUAUCUUGUCGAACACUACACUACAUCCCGUUGGAGAAACUCAGAUCUCUCUUUUUGCUCCCUUCAAUCGAACUUGAGCCAUGGAGACCACCGACGCCAACGGCGUGAACGGCACUCACCCUGUCCAUAGCUUUUCCCCCAAAUUGAGCUCUGUGCCUCAAGGAGAUUUUAUAAGACACAGUCGGAAAACUAAUGGCUCUGGUGUACAGGCUGAUGAUACCCGGAUAUGUGUGGUUAUGGUUGGACUCCCCGCGAGGGGUAAGAGUCUGAUAGCCCAGAAGGCUGUCCGCUACCUUCAUUGGCUGUCCAUCAAGGCAAAGGUGUUCAAUGUCGGUCAGUAUCGCCGCACUGCAACGCCAAACCCCUCGGCCGAGUUCUUCGACACCUCAAACCCCGAAGGUGAGCGUCUUCGCCGUGCCGCUGCCGAAGCCGCUGUCGCAGACAUGGUAAAGUGGUUCAAGGAGCGUCAAGGUCUGAUUGCAUUCCUCGAUGCCACAAACUCGACCAAGGACCGCAGGAGGUGGAUCCAGGAGCGAUGCGACCAAGACAACAUUGAGACUUUGUUCGUAGAGUCCAAGUGCGACGAUGAAGAUUUGAUCAUGAGCAACAUCUUGGAAGUCAAGACCACAUCGCCAGACUACGUUGGCCAGGAUCCAGAAGUUGCGGCGCAGGAUUUCAGAAACAGGAUCCGCAAUUACGAGAAGGUCUACCAGACAAUCGACGAAGAUGAGUCGGAUUUGACCUAUGUCAAGCUGAUCAAUGUGGGACACCAAGUCAUCAUCAACAGGAUUCAAGAUUACUUGCAGAGUCGUGUGGUGUACUAUCUGAUGAACCUGCACAUCAAGCCGAGAAGCAUUUGGUUGUCAAGACAUGGCGAAUCCAACUUCAACUUAUCAGGCCAAAUCGGCGGCGAUGCAGACAUAUCCGAGCGCGGCGAGCUCUACGCGAGACGUUUACCCGAACUUGUCGCACAAUCUGCGGGCGACACCAAACUCACCAUCUGGACCUCUACCCUCAAACGCACAAUCCAAACCGCGCGUUUCCUACCGUUUGAGAAACUCGAAUGGAAGGCUCUCGAUGAGCUUGACAGCGGUGUGUGCGACGGCAUGACGUACGGCGAAAUCGAAGAAAAGUAUCCCGAAGACUUCAAAGCGCGUGAUGACGACAAAUACAACUACCGCUAUCUCGGGGGCGAGUCGUACCGCGACGUUGUGAUCCGACUAGAGCCCAUUAUCAUGGAGCUUGAGCGAAGCGAAAACAUCCUCAUAGUCACCCACCAAGCCAUUCUGCGCUGCAUCUAUGCAUACUUUAUGAAUGUGCCCCAGGAGAGGAGUCCGUGGAUGGAGGUGCCACUGCACACGCUGAUAAAGCUCACGCCCAAGGCAUACAAGACGGAGGAGGAGCGCAUGCCAGCCAAGAUCCCAGCCGUCAGCACGUUUCGCGAAAAGGGCAGCAGUGCGAAACACCAAGAAAAAGAAGAAGGCGGCGAUUAAAUGUUGACUUUUUCUCGCAGGCCUCUUGGACACGGAUGAUAAUGAUGAUGAUGCUGAUGAUGAUGAUUGUGGUCGUCUUGCAAAGGUCGACACGCCUCUUGCGAAAGUCGAUACGCCACUGGCC